AUGGCGGCGGCAGGCGCUGAUGUGCAGGGCUCUCUCAAGAAGUUGCAGGAGUUGUUGUCCGCCAAUGACCGCUGCGGCGCGGCGAUGGCGGGCUAUCACCUCAUCCGCGGACUAGGCCAGCAGUGCGUGCUGAGCGCCAGCCCGGCGGUGCUAGCAUUACAGACUUCUUUAGUGUUUUCCAGAGAUUUUGGUUUGCUUGUAUUUGUACGGAAAUCACUUAGCAUUGAAGAAUUCCGUGAUUGUAGAGAAGAAGUCCUAAAAUUUUUAUGUAUUUUCUUAGAAAAACUUGGCCAGAAGAUCACACCUUAUUCUAUUGAUAUUAAGAAUACUUGUACCAGUGUUUAUACAAAAGAUAAAGCGGCCAAAUGUAAAAUUCCAGCUCUAGACCUUCUUAUUAAGCUACUUCAGACUUUGAGAAGUUCUAGACUCAUGAAUGAAUUCAAAGUUGGAGACUUAUUUAGCAAAUUCUAUGGAGAACUUGCUUUGAAAACAAAAAUACCAGAUACAGUUUUAGAAAAAAUAUACGAGCUCCUAGGAGUAUUAGGUGAAGUUCAUCCUUUUGAGAUGAUAAAUAAUUCAGAAAAACUGUUCCGUGCUUUCUUGGGUGAACUUAAGAUCCAGAUGACAUCAGCGGUAAGGGAGCCCAGACUGCCUAUUGUGACAGGAUGUCUGAAGGGAUUGUCUUCACUUAUGUGUAACUUUACCAAGUCUAUGGAAGAAGAUUCUGAGACAUCAAGGGAGAUUUUUGAGUUUGUACUAAAGGCAAUUCGUCCUCAGAUUGAUCUGAAGAGAUAUGCUGUGCCCUCAGCUGGUUUACAUUUACUUGCCCUGCAUGCAUCUCAAUUUAGCACCUACCUUCUGGACAACUACAUUUCUUUAUUUGAAGUCCUAUCAAAAUGGUGUAGCCAUACAAAUGUAGAUGUGAAAAAAGCUGCAAAUUCAGCCCUGGAAUCCUUUCUGAAACAGGUUUCUGUUAUGGUUGCGAAAGAUGCGGAAAUGCAUAAGAGUAAGCUGCAGUACUUUAUGGAACAGUUCUAUGAAAUCAUUAGAAACAUGGAUUCAAACAACAAGGAGUUAUCCAUUGCUAUUCGUGGAUAUGGACUUUUUGCAGGACCUUGUAAGGCUAUAAAUGCAGAAGAUGUUGACUUGAUGUACAUAGAGCUUAUUCAGCGUUGCAAGCAGAUGUUCCUCAUGCAGACAGAUACCAUCGAGGACCACGUUUAUCAGAUGCCAAGUUUCCUCCAGUCUAUUGCAAGCGUCUUACUUUACCUGGACACAGUUCCUGAGGUGUAUACCCCAGUUCUGGAGCAUCUCAUGGUGGUACAGAUGGACAGUUUCCCACAGUAUAGUCCGAAAAUGCAGUCUACAUGCUGCAGAGCCAUGGCUAAACUUUUCCUAGCCUUAGCAGAGAAAGGCCCAGUCCUCUGCAAUUGCAUUAGUGCUGUGCUACAUCAGGGUUUGAUCAGAAUAUGUUCUAAACCAGUGGUCCUUCAAAAGGGCCCUGCAUCCGAAUCUGAAGACGACCAUGUGUUGGGGGAAGUCAGGACGGGCAAGUGGAAGGUGCCCACCUACAAGGACUAUUUGGAUCUUUUUAGAAAUCUCCUGAGCUGUGACCAGAUGAUGGAUUCUCUUUUAGCAGAUGAAGCAUUUCCUUUUGUGAAUUCCUCCAUUCAAAGUCUGAAUCGUUUGCUUUAUGAUGAAUUUAUAAAAUCUGUUUUGAAGAUUGUUGAGAAAUUGGAUCUUACACUAGAAAAACAGAAUGUUGGGCAACAAGAGGGUGAAAAUGAAGCUACUGAUGUGUGGGUGAUCCCAACUUCAGAUCCAGCAGCUAACUUGCAUCCUGCUAAACCUAAAGAUUUUUCAGCUUUCAUUAACCUGGUGGAAUUUUGCAGAGAGAUUCUUCCUGAGAAACAUGUAGAAUUUUUUGUGCCAUGGGUAUAUUCAUUUACAUAUGAAUUAAUUUUGCAUGCUACACGGUUGCCACUCAUCAGUGGUUUCUAUAAAUUGCUUUCCAUUGUAGUAAGAAAUGCCAAGAAAAUAAAAUAUUUUGAGGGCGUUAGUCCAAAGAGUCGGAAACAUGCUCCUGAGGACUCAGAAAAGUAUUCUUGUUUUGCUUUAUUUGCAAAAUUUGGUAAAGAGGUAUCAGUCAAAAUGAAGCAAUAUAAAGAUGAACUGUUGGCCUCUUGUUUGACCUUUAUUCUGUCCCUGCCACCUGACAUCGUUGAGCUUGACGUUAGAGCCUACGUUCCUGCAUUGCAGAUGGCUUUCACACUGGGCCUGAGCUAUCCCCCAUUGGCAGAAGUAGGCCUGAAUGCCCUAGAAGAAUGGUCAGUUCACAUUCGCAAAUGUGAAAUUCAGCCUUAUUACCAAGAUAUUCUACCCUGCCUUGAUGGUUAUCUGAAAACUUCAGCCCUAUCAGAUGAGACCAAGAAUAACUGGGAAGUGUCAGCACUUUCUCGAGCUGCUCAGAAAGGAUUUAAUAAAGUUGUAUUAAAGCAUCUGAAAAGGAGAAAGAACAUUUCGUCAAGUGAAGCAUUAUCCUUAGACGCAAUAAGAAUUAGAGUUGUACAAAUGCUUGGAUCUUUAGGAGGACAAAUAAACAGAAAUCUUGUAACAGCUGCAUCCUCAGAGGAAAUGCUGAAGAAAUGUGUGGCAUGGGACAGAGAAAAAAGACUCAGUUUUGCAGUACCGUUUGUGGAAAUGAAGCCUGUCAUUUAUCUGGAUGUGUUCUUGCCUCGCGUCACAGAAUUAGCUCUUUCAGCUAGUGACAGACAAACUAAAGUUGCAGCUUGUGAACUUCUACAUAGCCUGGUUAUGUUUAUGCUGGGAAAAGCCACCCAGAUGCCUGAGGGUGAUCAGGGUGUCUCACCCAUGUAUCGGCUCUAUAAGCGAACUUUUCCUGUGCUGCUCCGGCUGGCCUGUGAUGUAGAUCAGGUGACAAGGCAACUAUACGAGCCGCUAGUUAUGCAACUGAUUCACUGGUUCACUAACAAUAAGAAAUUUGAAUCUCAGGAUACUGUCGCCUUACUAGAAACUGUAUUGGAUGGAAUUGUGGAUCCCAUUGACAGUACUUUAAGAGAUUUUUGUGGUCACUGUAUUCAAGAAUUCCUAAAAUGGUCCAUUAAGCAGACAACACCACAGCAGCAGGAAAAAAGUCCAGUCAACACCAAGUCACUUUUCAAGCGACUCUACAGCUUUGCCCUUCACCCCAGUGCUUUCAAGAGGCUCGGAGCAGCACUUGCUUUUAAUAAUAUCUACAGGGAAUUCAGAGAAGAAGAGUCUCUGGUAGAGCAGUUUGUGUUUGAAGCCUUGGUGAUAUAUAUGGAAAGUCUGGCCUUGGCACAUACAGAUGAGAAAUCCUUAGGUACAAUUCAACAGUGUUGUGAUGCCAUAGAUCACCUAAGGCGCAUCAUUGAAAAGAAACACGUUUCUUUAAACAAAGCAAAAAGACGGCGUUUGCCACGAGGAUUUCCACCUGCGUCGUCAUUGUGUUUAUCCGAUAUGGUCACGUGGCUUUUAACCCAUUGUGGAAGGCCCCAGACGGAAUGUCGACACAAAUCCAUAGAGCUCUUUUACAAAUUUGUUCCUUUAUUGCCAGGCAGCAAAUCCCCUUCUUCAUGGCUGAAUGAUAUGAUCAAGAAAGAAGAUAUUUCUUUUCUUAUAAACAGCUUUGAAGGGGGAGGAGGUGGUGCCCAUCUGUCAGGCAUCCUUGUUCAGCCCACCCUCCUCCACAUGCCAGGGCCCUUCAGGCUCCGAGCUGCCCUGCAGUGGAUGGACAUGCUUCUGGCAGCGCUGGAGUGCUACAACACGUUCAUUGAGGAGAUGACAGUCAGCGCGUGUGAGAUCCUGGGUACUGCAGCACAAUCUUCACUUUUGAAAGCGGUAGCUUUCUUUUUAGAAAGCAUUGCUAUGCACGAUAUUACGGCAGCGGAAAAGUGCUUUGGCAGUGGGGCAACAGGGAACACACCCAGCCCACAAGAGAGAGAAGGAUACAAUUACAGCAAAUGCACAGUUGCGGUCCGCAUAAUGGAAUUCACCACCACAUUACUCAAUGUCUCCCCAGAAGUCUGCAAGCUCCUUGAGAAGGACUUACUUAGUGCCCAUUUGAUGAAGCUCUUGGUGAAGACACUGUGUGAGCCCUCGAGCAUAGGCUUCAAUGUCGGGGAUGUCCAAGUCAUGGGGUGUCUUCCCAGUGUCUGUGUGAACCUGAUGAAAGCCCUGGAGAAGUCCCCACACAGGGACAGCCUCGUGAUGCACCUGAAGGAAAAGAUAACUGCACAGAGCGUUGAGGAGCUCUGUGCCGUGGACCUGUAUGACCCCGACGCUCACUCGCGUAGGACCAAGCUGGCAGCUCUUGUGUCGGCCUGUAAACAACUUCAUCAAGCUGGACUUUUGCAUGUUGUAUUACCCUCUCAGUCUGCAGAGCUGCAUCAUUCUGUUGGCACAAAACUUCUGUCCCUGAUUUAUGAAGGCAUUGCACCUGGAGACGGAGGACAUGGCUUUUCUGCACUAGAUGCCAGUUGUGAGCAGCUGGCCAGGGGGCUUCUGGAGUUGGCCUUUGCUUUUGGAGGACUGUGUGAGCAGCUUAUGAAUCUUCUCCUGAACACAUCUGUAUUAUCCAAGCCAUCAUUGGGAAGGCCACAGAGAAAUAUCAUCAACUUCUCUCAUGGAGAGUAUUUUUAUAGCUUGUUCUCAGAAACUAUCAAUGCUGAAUUGUUGAAAAAUUUAGACAUUGCUGUAUUGGAACUCAUGAAAUCAUCAGUGAAUAAUCCCAAAAUGGUUAGUGCUGUUUUGAAUGGUAUGUUAGAUCAGACCUUCAGAGAUCGAGCCAUUCACAAGCACCAAGGACUGAAACUUGUGACUGCAAUCCUGCAAAACUGGCAGAGGUGUCAUCAGUGGUGGGCUGAAGAUUCUGCUCCGGAGAGGAAGAUGGCAGUGCUGACUUUACUGGGGAAAAUUUUACAGAUUGAUUCAUCUGUGUCUUUUAAUACAAAUCACAGCUCGUUUUCUGAAGUCUUUAGAACAUACACCAGUCUACUUGCUGAUUCAAAGUUGGGUCUACAUUUAAAGGGUCAAGCUAUAAUUAUUCUUCCAUUCUUCACCAAUCUUACUGGAGGAAAUCUUGAGGACCUUAAGCAUGUUCUUGAAAAACUUGUGGUUUCUCAUUUCCCUAUGAAGUCUGAUGAAUUUCCCCAAGGAACUCUGCGGUUCAAUAAUUAUGUGGACUGUAUGAAAAAGUUUCUAGAUGCCUUGGAAUUAUCUCAGAGUCCUGUAUUGUUGCAAUUGUUGACAGAAGUUCUUUGUCGGGAACAGCAACAUGUUUUGGAAGAAUUAUUUCAGUCCACUUUCAGAAGGAUGGCUAGAAGGAGUUCAUGUGUCACACAGUUAGAACUUCUGGAAACCAUAUACAGAAUGUUUAAGAGUGAUGACCUACUUUCAAAUAUCACCCGCCAAGCCCUUGUAGAUCGCUCUCUCCUCACUUUCUUGUGGCACUGUAGUCUGAAUGCGUUGAGAGAGUUCUUUAGCAAAAUUGUGGUGGGUGCCAUUGACGUGUUGAAGUCCAGGUUUAUAAAGUUAAAUGAAUCUGCCUUUGACACUCAAAUCACCAAGAAGAUGGGCUAUUAUAAGAUACUAGAGGUCAUGUAUUCUCGUCUUCCAAAAGAUGAUGUUCACUCCAAAGAAUCUAAAAUCAAUCAGAUUUACCAUGGCUCGUGUAUUACAGAAGGAAAUGAGCUUACAAAGACACUUAUUAAACUUUGCUAUGAUGCAUUCACAGAGAACAUGGCAGGUGAGAAUCAGUUGCUGGAGAAGAGAAGACUUUAUCAUUGUGCUGCAUAUAACUGUGCCAUAUCUGUUAUCUGCUGUGUCUUCAAUGAGUUAAAAUUCUACCAAGGUUUUCUGUUUAGCGAAAAACCAGAAAAGAACUUGCUUAUUUUUGAAAAUCUGAUAGACCUGAAGCGCUGCUAUACAUUUCCUAUAGAAGUUGAGGUUCCUUUGGAAAGAAAGAAAAAGUACAUCGAAAUUAGGAGAGAAGCCAGGGAGGCAGCCAGUGGGGAUGCAGAUGGCCCCCAUUAUCUAUCCUCCUUGUCAUAUUUGGGAGAGAGUAGCCUGAGUGAGGAAAUGAGUCAAUUUGAUUUCUCAACUGGAGUUCAGAGCUAUUCAUACAGUUCCCAAGAGUACAGAUCUCCCACUGGUCGUUUUAGGAGACAGGGACAUCAAGACCCCACGACCCAGAGUGAUACUUUGGAGUUAGAGAUGGAUGAACUCAAUCAACAUGAAUGUAUGACAAGUAUGACUGCUCUAAUUAAGCACAUGCAAAGAAAUCAGGUCAUACCUAAAGUGGAAGAGGGUUCAGUGCCAACAAAUCUUCCUCCUUGGAUGAAAUUUCUUCAUGACAAACUAGGAAAUCCAACAGUACCAUUAAAUAUCCGUCUCUUCUUAGCCAAACUUGUUAUUAAUACAGAAGAAGUCUUUCGCCCUUACGCAAAGCACUGGUUUAGCCCCUUGCUACAGCUGGUUGUUUCUGAAAACAAUGGAGGAGACGGAAUUCACUAUAUGGUUGUUGAGAUAGUGGUUACUGUGCUUUCCUGGUCAGGCUUAGCUACUCCUAUUGGGGUCCCUAAAGAUGAAGUAUUAGCAAAUCGAUUGCUUCAUUUCCUAAUGAAACAUGUCUUCCAUCAAAAAAGAGCUGUGUUUAGACACAACCUUGAAAUUAUAAAAACCCUUGUUGAAUGCUGGAAGGAUUGUUUAUCCAUCCCUUACAGAUUAAUAUUUGAAAAGUUUUCCAGUAAAGAUCCUAAUUCUAAGGACAAUUCAGUAGGAAUUCAAUUACUAGGAAUUGUGAUGGCCAGUAACUUGCCUCCCUAUGACCCAAAAUGUGGAAUCGAGAAUAUGAAAUACUUUCAAGCUUUGGUCAAUAAUAUGUCCUUUGUAAAAUAUAAAGAGGUAUAUGCAGCAGCAGCAGAAGUUCUAGGACUUAUUCUUCGAUAUGUUUCUGAGAAAGAAAAUAUACUGGAGGAGUCCCUUUGUGAAAUGAUUGUAAAACAGUUGAAGCAGCAUCAAAAUACAAUGGAGGACAAAUUCAUAGUGUGCUUGAACAAAGCUGCGCAGAGCUUCCCCCCUCUUGCAGACAGGUUUAUGAAUGCUGUCUUCUUCCUGCUGCCAAAAUUCCAUGGCGUGAUGAAGACCCUUUGUCUGGAGGUGGUGCUUUAUCGUACCGAGGAAAUAACAGAUAUCUACUUAAAGUUAAAGAGCAAGGACUUUUUUCAAGUCAUGAGGCAUAGAGAUGAUGAAAGACAAAAGGUGUGUUUGGACAUAAUUUAUAAGAUGAUGGCAAAAUUGAAGCCAGUAGAACUCCGGGAACUUCUGAAUCCUGUUGUAGAAUUCAUUGCCCAUCCUUCUCCAACAUGUCGGGAACAAAUGUAUAAUAUUCUUAUGUGGAUUCAUGACAAUUACAGAGAUCCAGAAAGUCAGACAGAUGAUGAUUCCCAGGAAAUAUUUAAGUUGGCAAAAGAUGUGCUGAUUCAAGGAUUGACUGAUGAGAACCCUGGACUUCAAUUGAUCAUUCGAAAUUUCUGGAGUCAUGAAACCAGGUUACCUUCAAAUACCUUGGACCGAUUGUUGGCAUUAAAUUCUUUAUAUUCUCCUAAGACAGAAAUGCACUUUCUAAGUUUAGCAACAGAUUUUCUGCUUGAAAUGACCAGAAAUAGCCCUGAUUAUCCAAACCCUAUGUUUGAGCAUCCUCUAUCAGAAUGUGAAUUUCAGGAAUAUACUAUCGACUCUGACUGGCGUUUCCGGAGUACUGUUCUCACGCCAAUGUUUAUUGAGACUCAGGCCUCUCAAAAUGCUCUCCAGAUGCGAACCCAAGAAGGAUCCCUUUCAGCUCGAGGGCUGAUGACUGGACAAAUAAGGGCUACCCAAGCACAAUAUGAUUUCACACCCACACAGAAUGCAGAUGGAAGAAGCUCGUUCAAUUGGCUAACUGGAAGCAGUAUUGACCCUCUGGCAGAUUAUACAGUCUCAUCGUCAUCUGAGUCCUUGUCUUCCUCCUUGCUGUUUGCCCAGAAGAGGAAAGAAAAACCACCAAGAACAUCCUGGAAGUCAGUGGGACCUAAUUUUGGGGAAAAAAGACUGGGCCUUCCUGGGGAUGAGGUGGAUGACAAAGCUAAAGGUACAACUGAUCGGGCAGAAAUAUUAAGAUUACGCAGACGGUUUUUAAAGGACCAAGAAAAGCUCAGUUUGAUUUAUGCCAGAAAAGGUGUUGUUGAACAGAAACGUGAGAAGGAGAUGAAAAGUGAGUUAAAAAUGAAGCAUGAUGCCCAGGUCAUUUUGUACAGAAGUUACCGUCAUGGAGACCUCCCCGACAUUCAGAUUAAAUACAGCAGCUUGAUCACCCCCUUGCAAGCUGUGGCCCAGAGAGACCCAAUAAUUGCAAAGCAACUCUUUGGCAGCUUGUUUUCUGGAAUUCUAAGAGAGAUGGAUAAAUUUAAGACCAUGUCUGAAAAAAACAGCAUUACUCAAAAGUUGCUCCAGGACUUCAAUCGUUUUCUUGAUACCACUUUCUCUUACUUUCCACCUUUUGUCUCUUGUGUCCAGGAGGUGAGUUGCCGACACCCGGACUUGCUGAGCCUGGAGCCGGCCCCGGUCAGCGUGGCCUGCCUGGCCAGCCUGCAGCAGCCCGUGGGCAUCCUGCUUCUCGAGGAGGCCCUGACCCACCUGGCCCCUCCGGAGCCAGCAGCCAAGCACAGCCGGGGAAGGUCCCGCCUCUCUCCUGACGUCCUCAGGUGGCUUGAACUUGCCAAACUGUAUAGAUCAAUUGGAGAAUAUGAUGUCCUCCGUGGAAUUUUUAGCAGUGAGAUAGGAACAAAGCAAGUUACUCAGGAUGCAUUAUUAGCAGAAGCCAGAGGUGAUUAUUCUGAAGCUGCUAAGCAAUAUAAUGAGGCUCUCAAUAAACAAGAGUGGUUGGAUGGUGAGCCUACAGAAGCAGAAAAAGACUUCUGGGAACUAGCGUCCCUUGACUGCUACAACCACCUUACUGAGUGGAAGUCUCUGGCAUACUGUUCUACAGUCACUGUUGACAGUGCAAGUCCUCCAGAUUUAAACAAAAUGUGGAGUGAGCCGUUUUAUCAGGAGACAUAUUUACCUUACAUGAUCCGCAGCAAGCUGAAGCUCCUGCUUCAGGGGGGCGAUGACCAGUCACUGCUGACGUUCAUUGAUGCCGCCGUGAACAAGGAGCUUCAGAAGACUCUCAUAGAGCUCCAUUACAGCCAGGAGCUGAGCCUGCUCUACAUCCUGCAAGAUGAUUUUGACAGAGCCAAAUAUUAUAUCCAAAAUGGCAUUCAAACUUUUAUGCAGAAUUAUUCUAGUAUUGAUGUCCUCUUACACAAAAGUAGACUUACCAAAUUGCAGUCUGUUCAAACUUUAACAGAAAUUCAGGAGUUCAUCGACUUUAUCAGCAAACAAGGUAAUCUGUCAUCUCAAGUUCCCCUUAAGAGACUUCUAAAAUCCUGGACAAACAGACAUCCAGAUCCUAAAAUGGACCCAAUGAGCGUUUGGGAUGACAUCAUCACAAAUCGAUGUUUCUUUCUCAACAAAAUAGAGGAGAAGCUUACUCUUCUUCCAGCUGAGCAUAGCAUGGAUGUGGAUGGAGAGUCCAGUGGCAAUAUGGAAAUGCAAGAGAAAGAAGAGAUUAGUUCCCUGAUUAAGAGCUGUAAGUUUUCCAUGAAAAUGAAGAUGGUAGAGAGUGCAAGAGAACAGAACAGUUUUUCGCUUGCUCUGAAACUCCUGAAGGAAUUGCAUAAAGAGUCAAAAACGAGAGAUGACUGGUUGGUGAAAUGGGCGCAUAGCUAUUGUCGAUUGAGCCACUGCCGGAGUCAGAGCCAGAAUCAAACUGAGCAGAUUCUCACUGUGCUGAAAACAGUCUCUUUGUUGGAUGAGAACUCAUCAGGCUACUUAGAGAAAAAUACCUGGGCUUUCUGUGAUCAGAACAUUCUCUUGAGUACAACUUACCGGAUCAUAGCUAACGCUAUCAGCAGUGAGCCAACCUGCCUUAGCCAAAUAGAGGAAAGUAAGGCUAGAAGAAUCUUGAAUCUUUCUGGAUUCCACUCAGAGAAUGCAGAAAAGGUGACAGCGGGUCUGCGUGAGAAAGCAUUCCAUUACCUCUGUAAAGCUGUGCGGGCGGCCGAGGAGGAGACCCAGCCUCCAACUGGGGCCCCAGCACACGUCGCCGGUGCCAUAGACGCUUAUAUGACCCUGGUGGAUUUCUGUGACCGACAUCUCCGUAAGGAAGAAGAAAACACGACAGUUAUUGAUUCUGUAGAACUGAAGACUUAUCCGGCACUUGUGGUGGACAAAAUGUUGAAAGCUUUAAAAUUAAAUUCCAAUGAAGCCAGGCUAAAGUUUCCUAGACUACUUCAUAUUAUAGAACAAUAUCCAGAGGAAACCUUGAGCCUAAUGACAAAAGAGAUGUCUUCCAUUCCGUGCUGGCAGUUCAUUGGCUGGAUCAGCCAGCUGGUGGCCUUACUGGACAAAGAGGAGGCCAUGGCUGUUCAGCACACCGUGGAGGAGAUUGCUGACAACUACCCACAGGCAAUUGUCUAUCCGUUCAUGAUAAGCAGGGAAAGCUAUUCCUUCAGAGACACUUCUGUUGGUCAUAAGAACAAAGAAUUUGUGGCAAGGAUAAAAAGCAAGUUGGACCAAGGAGGAGUGAUUCAAGAUUUUAUUAAUGCUCUAGAACAGCUCUCUAAUCCAGAAAUGCUCUUUAAGGAUUGGAUGAAUGAUAUCAAAGUUGAGCUAGAAAAAACUCCUGUAAAUAAAAAAAACAUUGAAAAAAUGUACGAAAGAAUGUAUGCGGCUUUGGGAGAUCCAAAGGCUCCAGGCCUCGGGGCUUUUAGAAGAAAAUUUGUCCAGGCCUUUGGAAAAGAAUUUGAUAAACAUUUUGGUAAAGGAGGUUCUAAGCUGCCUAGAAUGAAGCUCUGUGACUUCAACAACAUUGUCAACUCAUUGUAUUCGAAAAUGAGUGACGCGUCAAAGACACCCGGGAAUCUGAAGGAGUGUUCACCCUGGAUGAGUGAUUUCAAAGUGGAAUUUUUGAGAAAUGAGCUGGAGAUUCCUGGUCAGUAUGAUGGCAAAGGAAAGCCAUUGCCUGAAUACCAUGCACGAAUCUCUGGGUUUGAUGAACGGAUAAAAGUAAUGCCUUCCAUCAGAAAGCCCAAGCGCAUCGUCAUCCGAGGCCAUGACGAGCGAGAGUACCCUUUCCUCGUGAAGGGCGGGGAAGACCUGCGGCAGGACCAGCGCAUCGAGCAGCUCUUCGAGGUCAUGAACGUCGUCCUUUCCCGUGAUGCUGCCUGUGGCCAGAGAAGCCUGCGGCUGAAGACCUACCAGGUCAUCCCCAUGACCGCGAGAUUAGGGUUAAUUGAGUGGAUAGAAAAUACGUUGACCUUGAAGGAACUACUUUUGAAUGGUAUGACACAAGAGGAGAAAAACGCAUACAUGAGUGAUAAAGCACCACUGUUUGAAUAUGGAAACUGGCUGACAAAGAUGACUGGAAAACGUAAUGUUGAUGCUUACAGGCUAAUGUAUAAGGGAGCUAGUCGUACUGAAACAGUCACCUCUUUCAGAAAGAGAGAGAGUCAAGUGCCGGCCGGCCUCCUAAAGAGGGCUUUUGUGAAGAUGAGCGUGGGCCCCGAGGCAUUCCUGGCGCUGCGCUCCCACUUCACCAGCUCUCACGCUCUCCUGUGUGUCAGCCACUGGAUCCUGGGGAUAGGGGACAGACACCUGAACAAUUUCCUGGUGAACAUGGAGACGGGCAGCUUGGCUGGGAUCGACUUUGGACAUGCAUUUGGAUCUGCAACUCAGUUUCUGCCAGUCCCCGAGUUGAUGCCUUUUCGUCUAACGCGCCAAUUUAUCAAUCUGAUGUUACCAAUGAAAGAAACGGGUCUUAUGUACAGUGUGAUGGUACACGCACUGAGAGCCUUUCGCUCAGACCCAGACCUGCUCAUUAACACCAUGGACGUGUUUGUAAAGGAGCCUUCCUUUGAUUGGAAAAACUUUGAACAGAGAAUGCUGAAAACAGGAGGAUCAUGGAUUCAAGAAAUAAAUGUAACUGAAAAAAAUUGGUAUCCCCGGCAGAAAAUAAAUUACGCUAACAGAAAGUUAGCAGGAGCCAAUCCAGCAGUUAUUACUUGUGAUGAAUUACGUCUGGGCCAUGGGGAGGAGCCUGCCUUUGGGGAUUAUGUGGCCGUGGCACGAGGAAGCAAAGAUCACAACGUUCGUGCUCAGGAACCAGAGAGUGGCCUUUCAGAGGAGAUUCAAGUAAAGUGUCUGAUUGACCAGGCCACAGACCCCAACAUCCUCGGCAGGACAUGGGUGGGGUGGGAGCCCUGGAUGUGAGUUCCACGUAGGGCAACCAGUGCGCUGAUUUUCCUGAAGCACAAAGAGAACUCUAUUUAGUGAUACAGUUUUGUAGUACAAGUGUUAAAUCAAGGUCGUGAUGAGUAAGUGGAUAUUAGUGUAAGUCAAAGACUGUUGGUUAGGGUUAUAAUGGGCUUGUAAUAGAAAAAAAUAUGUCCAGGUUUGUGCAAGUAUUAAAUAAGAAUGUAGCAUCUGGUCAGCUUUGAAAGCAUUUUAUAAGUGCUCUGAGUUAGGUAACCUGCUGUCUCAAUAAAUGGCAUAAGCAUGACAUUCCAGUCAGUGUUCUCAUUGGUUAUGGCACACUGGAAGUAACACCCAGAGGACUUUACCACUAAGUCUGUGUGAGAAUAAAGCCAGAGGCAUAACUGGUACAAUUUUACAUUAUAUGAACAGUACAGAAAUAAUAACAAUUAUAAUUAUAGCUUAUUAUACUUAAAAAUGCUGGUUUUUUACAUUUUAGGGUAGUUUUGUAGGUUUUUCCCUUUCAUUUUUUUCUCCUCUAGUUUUGACAUUUUGUCAUAGAUUUGCCCUCUGAAAGAAAGCCUUUUUUUAGGAGGGAUAUAACCUGGGUGUAUGCAUUCACUUUUGCAUCUCUGAUCCACAACAGAAGGAUAGAAAAAAGAGCGCUGCAUCCCAAACUUGGGAUAACUUCAGAAAUCCCAAGUAUGAUGACAGGUAGAGCACUAAACAUUUCAAUUCUAGAAAAAGAAAGGAAAUCCCCAUUUCACAUGAAUUCCUCCUUUGGAGAAAAAAGCAUGCAUUUUGAAACAGCAGGAUCCAAAUACAAAAUACAAAAGUGGUUUCCUUCCCAUCCACAGAAUCUGAGCACCUCCUCCAGCACUCUGCACACUGGGCACUGUGUUCAGAUUGGUUUUUAACUCUUUAUUGUUUUUUCUUCAAACACUUGGAAUCUGUUUUGUGAUUUUAGGUAACAGUGAUCUUGAGAAUUUGGAAUACUAAAAUUUUGUUCCAAAGUUUUGUCCACUAAAGGUCAACUUUAAAAGUAAAGCAAUGUAUAACAUUUUUAUACAAUUUCAAGAGCAAAAUGUUCACUAUUUUAUUUGCAAAAUUUAUUCUGAUAAAUAUAGGUUGAAUGUAGUAUGGUAUUGAAAAUAAACAUUUGUUUUCUCAACAAAUGGAGCUAAAAGGAAACUUCAUCUUUAAAGAAAAAUAUAAAAACUCAGUAGUAAUCGUGAAGUUCAUGUGUCAAUCUGGCCAGGUUAGGGUGGCCAGUUGUUUCAUCAAGCAAGCACUGGCCUGAUUGU